AUGUCAGAGCGAUCUUGCCCAGUAUCAAAAUCGGUGGCCGGCCGAUGUCCAGCAGCCGGCCGGGCGAGCAGGAGCAGCAGCCGGGUUGGACCACGAGGGUGCUCAUUCUCAGGCUACUGUCAGCCUGGAGAUCUGAGAGCAGCUUUCGAUAUCCCGCACGGCGUCGACUCAGAAGAGUGGCUGAGGGGAAGGGAUAGGAAGGCCAUCAACGCCCUGCUCUUCCCAGACGCACCAGCAAGAGACCUAAACAGAUUUGCCAAAGACAACAUCGAUACUCUCCCACCGAGCGAGAAAGACGUCCUGGCAGCAGCACUUGGCGCACCAGCACGGCAAGUCAUCAUCCGAGCCGAGGAGGUUGGACCCAAGACCGGAUGGCGGGAUGGCUUCCUGACAGCCGAGUACGGCUUCGUCCCUCCCGAUUCUCUUGACUCUUCCGUAGCCGCACUGGCCAACUCACCGGGACGAAUAUGGUCAGACCUCUGCGAGCGAAUGCCGGGGUGCGUAGCCCGAGGACGAGUACGAGAUUCCAUCGCCGCCCUGCCAGUCGUCGAGGCCACAGAGGAUGUCAUCCCGGACUCGGCACUGUGGGCGUCAUUGGUUGCCCUGGGCAUGCUGUGCUCGAUCUGUCGGUACGAGGACAAGCACGACGGCCAUGAGGGCGUCACACUUAGCAGCUCCAACAAGCCGAAGGUUGAGCUGAGCGACGAUGUCGUCGAGGAGGUGAAGGGACUGCCGAGGAGCAUCGGUUUGCCAUAUUUCCAGGUCUCCAAGCGCAUGGGCCGACCCAUCCCUCACCUGACGUUUGUCGACCAGUCGAGCUACAACGUCAAGAUCCGUGACCAUACCUCAAAUUACCCAUAUGUUGCUCGGUUUGACAACAUGGAUAUGAGGUGGCCCAUGUUUGGCGACCAGGCAGAGAUGGCCUUCUUGAAGGGCGUGGCUGAUACCUCGGCCAGUUUUCAGCACGGCCCAGACGCCAUUGCCGCAUGCCAGGAGUGCGUCAUGAAUCGGGACAUCGAAGGCCUUCUGAGGGAAAUGAUCAGGCUGAAGGAGAUUCUCGAGAUGAUGCCCAAUGCCUUCCACACUAUCAGCCCUAAUCCGAUGUCUGGCGACAACUACGUUCCGGCUAACGAGUGGGUGCGGUGGGCAAAGUUCUCGGCGCCACUUUCAAAGCGAUGCCCAGCGUCGAGCGGGCUGCAGUUCCCGCCAUAUCUAUUGAUGGACGCCUUUCUCGGCCGCAAAAAGUACGACUCGUUCCUCGGGGCUGAGGGCAUCCACCUUCGUGCCUGGGAACCCACAAAUCUGCGGGCAUUCAUCGCCGCCGUCGAAGGAUAUUAUUGCGUGCCCGAGUUCGUCAUGAAGUCCGGUGAUGCGAGGCUAAUGGGUGUGUUGGAUGGUAUCGUGGAGGCUUACACCGGCGAGAGAGGCUUCAUGGGCGUGCAUAGGUACAAGGUGUUUGGCAUCCUCGAGGUUGCCGGCAAGACGGGCCGUACAGAGACAAAUGGCGCAUCAGGAGCUGCAGACGCCGGUCGCCCGUGGGAAGAGACGCACAAGCAAUUCUCCGAAGCGAUGAAGGAGCGUUUGGAGCCGUACCGCACAGAUGUCUCAAUCGAGCCGCACGAGAUGCGUGGAAGCUUCGCGGAGUGCAGGUACAAAGCGAAGAUCCUUGGAAGAUCGUUUGUCGACAACGAUCCUGACCGGAGCAUCGCCAUGGUGACACUGGACAUCCAGGACACUGGCAUCACAUUCCAACCUGGCGAUCGAUUGGCAGUGAUGCCACUUAACAGCUGGGAAGAGUGUGCCAAAGUUGCCGCCUCGCUUGGACUGGAUGAUAUGCUCAAUGUCCAGGUCCCAGUAAACAAGUGCUGGGCUCGGUUUGCCGACCACCUAGGAUCCACAUCAAGAUCCCCUCGAGGGCCGAUCACUGUGCAAGAUAUCCUUCGAAGGGGCCAUCUCGCACCGCUUACGCAGGACCUCGUCCUCAGAAUUCACUCCAUGCUAAGAGCAUCUUCCAACACGGCUCUGCAGGUGCUGGCUACAGACGAAUGGCCCGUCCGCGGCUCUCUGGGAGACCUGCUCCAGUCCGCAGUCAUGGACACGCCACAAGCUGUUUGGGACUCGGCAUUCAACUUGCAGGACCUGUCGUGGUUGUGUGAGCUCGUGCCAGUCGAGACACCACGUACCUAUUCCAUCUCCAGCUUUCCAGACGAGCUGCUCCCCAGCACCGUCGACCUGAGUGUUUCUCGGUCGGAGUAUCUGCUCUCCUCCACCUUCGCAGGAGAUUCCCGGAUAACAAGAUGCGGCGUCAGCAGCGGCUUCCUAAACCCCAUCGUCGCCUCCAAUGACGAGAUGAUCCCUAUUGAGGAAGAUAUUCUGAUCGGCGUGUCGCGCCCGCAAGCAUUCCAACUUCCGCUGAGCGGCGCAGCGCCGUGCGCUUUCUUCGCCGGUGGCAGUGGCAUCGCGCCCUUCCGUAGCUUCUGGCAGUCUCGCAUCCAGAACGGCGCAGUAGGUCGCAAUAUCCUAUACCUUGGUGUCCAGUCGCGAGAAAAGUUCUGCUACGAGCACGAACUACGCCAAAAUGUCAGCGAAGGGCAGAUGGAGGUUCAUGUAGCCUUCUCACGAGACUCGAGAGGCCUGGCCAUGCAGGGCCGCGAGCUGGUGGAGAAGACGACGCCUCCUCGGUACAUCGACACCCUGAUCACCGAGCAGGGCUCCACCAUUUGCGACCUGGUUAUGAGCAAGAAGCACGGCGGUCUAGGCGGCUACCUCUACGUCUGCGGGUCUGUCGCUGUCUUUGACUCCGUCAUGAAAGGUAUACGGCAGGCCAUCUACAACCAUCAAACCUCGACGCUGGACUCAGCGGAGGAACUCGUCAACGCGGCCUUUGCUGAGCGUCGUUUCAUGCUGGACGUCUUCAUGACACCGAAGCCCCUUCCCUGCAACCUGCCUACCAUCUCGCUCUCACAGCUCGCCCUCAACACGGGCCACAGGGGCGCCUCAAGGAUCUGGAUCGGUGUGCAUGGCAAGGUCUACGAUGUCACAGACUUUUGCCCGAUGCACCCCGGCGGAACCCUAAUCAUCAAAUCCAACGCUGGUGUUGACUGCUCAGCGUCCUUUGACAACCUCGCGCACACCACCAACCCGGAGGUGUCAUCGCUUCUGACUAAAUACUUUGUUGGUCACCUUACGCCCAAGCCAGACUUCCAUGGCAACGAUGACCUGGACAUGCUGUAUGAGCUGUGGUCAUCGUACCUGCGCACAUCAGUCGAGACACUUGUUGCGCAUCAGAUGGAGAUGAACGCCAUGAUCACGAACCAAACCCUUGACCCGUCAAAAUGGUGGUACCAGGGCCCGGGGCUCCUGAACAUCAAAGGCGUGAGGUCAUUCUACCAGUAUCAAUCACGACUGCUUCAGACUGGCUUCAGCGCCCUAUUCGGAUCCAAGUUCCAAGAACUCAUACUCAAGCUCUCCUUCAGCCUCGCGAACGCAUCCUCAGCAGGGCCAUCAACCAGCCUGCCAGACGUGCUAGGCAUCGUGGGAAGGGCAAAGACAUCCAGUAGCGCAAUAAAGACGUCCAGGGAAAUCGCACGCAUCGGCGAGUUCGUGGGCAAUAGCACGGAGGCACAGUUCCACGAGCGCGGCAUCAUCGACUAUGCCAGCAAGUCGGUGGAGCUGGACAUCGGGCUGCUGGAGGACAUCCGCGGCGAGGCGUGCGCGGGCAUGGACGCCUUCGACGCACUCAUGGCCCAGGAGGCCGAGAACCCCGAGGACAGGGUCGUCGCGCUGGCGACCUUCCUGAUGCAGCUGCUCGAGCGUGUGGCCAAGCGUCUUGAGAUGUUCUACGCCAACCUCGCCCAGUACUCCGUCUACCAGCCCAACAUCGAGCGCAACCCCGCCCGUACUCGCUGGCGCUUGGUCCGGUCUAGCAUCAGAGACGGCUCGCUCUUUGUGCUGACACAGAAUCUGAGCAUGAAUUCUGCCGCUGCUCUGACUUCGUCGUCGGGUAUGGCGGCGCCAAGGCCUGCUUUCCAGACCAACAUCGACUUCGACCGCGUGAUGAACCAGGUGCGGCAGGGAUUAGGCGCGAGCAACCCCCACGGCCAACAGCAGAGCAAGCCGACGCCUAGCGCGAUAGACGCAGCGCGUGCAAGAGUACCGCCGAAUGGUGCGAGCGCCUUCGAGUCGUACGAAAACGGCGGCGCCUUGUCGCGGAUGAGCUCCUUCAUCGAUAAGAACAUGCGGUCCAUCCGCCGCCUGUCCAAGAUGCCCACCGUCAUGCCGAAUUUAAGCAACGUCGCAGAGAUUCAACAUGGGCUGAAUGGGCUGGGCAUCGCGGGCAUGCCGCCGGGUGGGCUUGGAGGGUUCCAGCCCACUCCGCCGAGCAGCAGGGGGUCGAGCGUCGACGGGCGAGACGCGCGCGGCAGGACGAUGGGGUCAAACAUGCCUCCGUCUCCGCCGAUGGACGCCACAACGGCCAUCACCGCCAUGAUGGGCAAGUUCCAUGGCCGGAAGAGAAGCACAGCAUCCAUGCCAGGCGGCUCGAGUCCACCUUUGCAGCGGACCACCCUAGCUGGUCCUCCGAUGAGCCCGGGUGGAAACCAUGUUAUGGCAAUGAGAUCGAGGGCGCCCUCUGUGCAGAGUAUCAGGGCUGGGUCUUUGAAGUCAUUCAAGCUGAGUGAGAGGGUGCACUCAUAUGGGCAGGCGGAGAAGAAGGUGGCGCCGACGUUUUAA